AUGGGCGGGCUCCAGGCGAGCCAGCAUGCGCCCCAGAUGGGUGGCCAGCAGCAACAGCAGCAACAGCAACAGCAGCAGCAGCAGCAACGCAAGACCCUCUUCACCCCUUAUCUGCCGCAAGCCACGCUCCCCGCCCUCCUGGGUGACGGACAGCUCGUUUCUGGCGUCCUUCGCGUGAACAAGAAAAACAGAAGCGACGCGUAUGUCUCGACCCAGGACGGUCUUCUGGAUGCCGACAUCUUCAUCUGCGGCAGCAAGGACCGCAACCGUGCCCUCGAGGGAGAUCUUGUCGCCGUCGAGCUUUUGGACGUCGACGAGGUAUGGUCUCAGAAGCGUGAGAAGGAAGAGAAGAAGAAGCGCAAGGACAUCACCGACACCCGUUCCGGAUCCACUGCUGGUACCAACCAAGGUGGCGGCAAUGGUGAUGAUAACGGCACUGGCGAAGGCGGAAUCCGACGACGGGGUAGUCUCAGGCAGCGGCCCACUCAGAAGAAGAACGACGACGUCGAGGUCGAAGGCCAGAGCCUGCUCCUUGUGGAAGAGGAAGAGAUCAACGACGAGGCAAAACCUCUUUAUGCCGGCCACAUUGUCGCCGUUAUUGAGCGUGUGCCAGGUCAGAUGUUUUCCGGCACCCUGGGCUUGCUUCGCCCCAGUAGCCAGGCAACCAAGGAAAAACAGGAGGCCGAGAGGGCCGCGCGCGACGGCAGCAUGUCGCGGCACCAUGAUUCGCGGGCCCAAGAAAAGCCCAAGAUCGUGUGGUUCAAGCCGACCGAUAAGCGUGUCCCCCUAAUUGCUAUCCCUACGGAGCAGGCUCCUCGCGACUUUGUCGAGAAGCACCAGGACUAUGCGGACCAGAUUUUUGUGGCCUGCAUCAAACGCUGGCCUAUUACGUCGCUGCAUCCGUUCGGUACCCUGGUUGAGAAGCUUGGUAAAAUGGGCGACCUCAAAGUUGAGACAGAUGCCCUCCUUAGGGACAACAACUUCUCAUCCGACGAGUUUGCCGAAGCCGUGCUGCGCAGUGUUAACCUCCAGGACUGGAGCAUCGCCAAGGAAGACGAAGUCGCCCUCGCAGCUCGCCGGGAUUUCCGGAACGAGAAGGUCUUCACUCUCGACCUGAAUGGUUCGGAGGAGCUCGGAAACGGUGUCCACGUCAAGUCAUUGCCUGACGGCAAGAUCGAAAUUGGUAUCCACGUGCCGGAUGUUACCCAUUUUGUCAAGCCAAACUCGCUUCUUGACCGCGAAGCAAAGAAGCGUGGCACUGCCGUUCAGCUCGCCAACAGAUUCUGCGCCCUCCUUCCCCCGAAGGUCUCAGGCGAAGUCUGCUCGCUCACUCCGAACCAGGAUCGCCUGGCCGUCAGCGUUGUUUUCUCGGCCAACCCGCUCACCGGUGCUGUUGCCGAAGGAGAUGUCUGGAUCGGGAAGAGUAUUGUUAAGAGCGGCGGCAGGCUCUCGCUGUCGCAGAUGGAUGAGGCCAUCUCCGGCGCUGCUGAGUUCACUCACGACGCCGCAGAAGCAAAAGACAUCCAGCUCCUCAAUGUCCUAACGGAAAAGUUCCGUGAGGCACGUCUGGGUGCUGGCGGCGAACCCAUUGCCCCCCUCCGGCUCCUGCAACAGCUUGACGAUGAGAACAUCCCCGUCAAGCACAACGUCUUUGACACGACCUCGGCGACCGAACUUGUCGAGGAGCUUAUGCACAAGGCCAAUGCAUAUGUUGCUCAGCGUUUGGCUACCGCCCUCCCCGAUAAAGCGCUGCUACGUAGACACGCGGCACCCAACUCGCGUCGCCUACAAACUUUUGUGGAACGCAUGACGGCGCUUGGCUACGAGUUCGAUCCCUCGAGCAGCGGAACGCUCCAGAACAGCCUCUUCAGGGUCGAAGAUGCUGACAUCAGGAAGGGCAUGGAGACACUGCUGCUCAAGUCGAUGCAGAGGGCGAAGUAUUUCAUUGCGGGCAAGACGGCUCAGCACCUCUGGGCCCACUACUCACUCAACCAGCCGCUCUACACCCACUUCACCAGUCCGACCAGACGUUAUGCUGAUGUUCUGGUCCACCGUCAACUCGAGUCCGUCCUGGAAGACAAGGUAGAGUACAACGAAGACGUAGAGAAUCUUGUCAAGACAGUCGAGGCUUGCAACACCAAGAAGGAUUCGGCUCAGAACGCGCAAGAACAGAGCGUCCACAUCGAGGCGUGCCGCGCCAUGGACAAAAAGCGCCAGGAAGUGAACGGCGACCUCAUCAGCGAAGGCAUUGUUCUUUGCGUGUACGAGUCGGCGUUCGAUGUUCUCAUUCCCGAGUGGGGCUUCGAGAAGCGGGUGCACUGCGACCAACUGCCCUUGAAGAAGGCCGAAUUCCGUAAAGAGAAGAGGAUCUUGGAGCUGUACUGGGAGAAGGGCGUGCCCAGCUCGGCGUACGUCCCCGAAGACGAGCGCCCCAAGGCGGGCAUGUCCCAGCGGUAUUCCAGCGCGAUGGUGGCGGCUCGCAAGGCCGAGGAAGCGGAGAAGGCCAAGAAAGAACGCGAGGAAGCCACCAGAAAGCAGACCGAGACAGGCACCAUGUCGACGGAUGACGUCGAUGCCCUGUUUGAUGAUGACGAAGAAAAUGCGUCCGACAACGCGUCCGACAUCACCGAAGCGAUGGCUGGAGCGUCGCUCGCCGAGCGACCGACGCAGAGCGUCCCUGGGUCGCCGACCCGGUCCUCGGCGGGUGCGGCCGGCAACCUCCACCGCACGCGGUCGGAUUCCAAGGUGCCCACGGCCGACGCGCCGGAGACGCGCCUGACGAACAAGGAGAAGUACUUGAAGCUGUUCACGCUCAGAGAGGAAGGUGGGGACUACAUCCAGGAUGUGACGGAGAUGACACGGGUCCCGGUCAUCCUGAAGACGGACCUCAGCAAGAGCCCCCCAUGCUUGACCAUCCGGUCUCUCAACCCCUAUGCGCUCUAG